AAAAAGAAAAAAGAAAAAGAGAAGAGGCGCCCUCAUCACGGCGAGGCGAGGAAUUCCCACCUCCUAUCUCUCACGAAUCUCCCCGCCUCCCUCCCCGCGCCGCAUUGCUCCCCGCCGGCGAGGCGGCCGCCGCCGCUGCUGCUGCUCCUCCUCCUCCUCCUGCUGCUGCUGCAGAGGGAGAGGGUGGCCCCGGGGGCUAGCAUGUGCGACCUGGUGGCCCGCACGGGUCGGCAUCAGCAGCGGUACGAGGAUGGCCGUCGCCUCGUGGCCGGGUGCAUACCAUUCAGGUAUAGAAAUAGUAGUAAUAAAACUUCUGAUGGUGAACAGAAGAAACUUCUUGAAGUUCUCAUGAUAAACUCUCAAAGUGGACCAGGUCUCCUGUUUCCAAAGGGAGGAUGGGAGAAUGAUGAAACUGUUGAGCAGGCAGCUGCUCGAGAGGCUGUAGAAGAAGCUGGAGUUCGUGGUGAUAUAGUGCAAUUUCUGGGAUUCUACGACUUCAAAAGCAAGACACACCAAGAUGCAUGCUGCCCCGAGGGAAUGUGUAGAGCCGCAGUGUUUGCGUUGCAUGUGAAGGAAGAGCUGGACUCAUGGCCCGAGCAGAGCACCCGCAGGAGGACCUGGCUGACAGUCUCUGAAGCCACCUCGCAGUGCCGAUAUGAGUGGAUGCAACAGGCCUUGCUUACCGGCUUCUCUGACUGGCAUGCCAACUGGAGCAAAGGCGGUGACUCAAUCUAGUUGCAGAAGGCGUCGUCACCUCACCACUGGGCCUUCUGUUUUUGUUCAUCUUCUUCUUAACUCUCCCUAGGCUCCAUCCAACCUUGCAGAAUGCAAUAAUACAGUGUACACUUUUGUCUUGAUGCCUAGUAGGUGGUCAUUGACCCUUCUUCAUUCCAGGAUUGCUAUCUUUCUAGCGUAGUAAGUAUAUCUCUCUCAUCGAAGACGGGAAUUCUCACAACUUUUAAGUGUCAAUUCUCGCGCCCUAUUGUUCCUCACCACCCUCUUAAUUACUUCCUCCCUCCUCCUGGUGAGCAUUUUGUACGUCGCUGCUCCUGAAUUAUGGAGUUGCAUACACUAUGUAUUAAUUAACUUGACCACACCUGAAAUCGAAAGGUGUAUUUCUUGGCUACAUAUAUAUGGCAUCCAGCACCUUAAUCAUACUGGACCCUUAUUAAUUGUUUUCUCU